GGGCUGGGGCUGCGCAAGGUGUGCUGGCUGAGGUCUGUCAGUCAGGCCAUCCAGCCCUGGGUGGAGACAGUGAGGUACCAACCCCUGGGGGUGUUCUCAGGGAGGGACCAGCCAGCCCCGGGGGAGGAGUCCUUUGAAGCCUGGCUGGACCACACCACUGACAUGCUGCUUGUGUGGCAAGGGGUCUCAGAAAGAGAGAGGAGGAGGCGGCUGAUAGAAGGCCUCCGAGGGACGGCCCUGCAGGUGGUGCACGAGCUCCUGGCGGAGAACCCUGCCAGGACGGCCCAGGAUUGCCUGGCCGCCCUGAUCCAGGUGUUUGGAGACCACGAGUCCCAGGCCACCCUGCGGCUCAAGUGUCUGACCGCUCAACGAUGGUCAGGCGAGACGCUCUCCGCUUUCGUGUUGCGGCUGGAAGUCCUGCUACAGAAAGCCAUGCAGGAGGGGGCCCUGGACAAGGCCUCAGCCGACCACUUGCGCGUGAGGCAGGUGCUCACCAGGGCCAACAUCAUUGAGCCGCUGCGAGAGGUCCUGAGGAAGCUGGGCAUGGUGGGGAGGCGUCCAACUUUCCUGGGGAUGCUGGGGCUGGUUCAUGAGGCUGAGGCAUGGGAGGUCAAUAUAGCCAGGAGCCUCAGAGACCAGCCGACAGAAGGGGAUGCUGCCCAGGCUGAUGCCAGAGCUCAGGUCGAGGGUAACAAGGUGGUGGAGAAGCAGCAGCUGCAGGAGAAUAGUGACAACCGUGACCCUGCCCUUGCAGGCCUGGGUCAGACAGGGCCCUCAGAGGCCCCUGGGGGACCCCUGCCUGCCCACAUGGGCAGUGUUUCCGGGGCAGGUCCAGGAGGUCCUGGCACUGUGCCAGAGGGCCUGGCCCAGGUGGGAGACCAGGAGGCUGAGGAACACCCCCAGAAGGGGCUCAAGCCCAUCCCAGAGGAGUCAGAAAGUGAGGAUGGUGCUGGGGAGCUGAGCCCCGUCAUGUCCUCCCCUGGCAAAUAG